CCUCCCUGGUCCUGCGCACACUUGCCGUGCCCAAGCCACGCCCACUUCUCAGACGGCCAUGUUCAUAGGCUUCGGCUGAUUUGGGGGGUGGGGGGGGCGUGUGCAGCAGGAAUCGGUUCCAUCUGCCUCCGUCCCUCUGAACACCCCCGCCAGCCCCAGACAGUUGGAACCUUCCGGAAUAUUUUUUUUAUCUUUUUAAGAUAAAAAACAUUUAUUUUUUUUAAGUGUUUUUUUUUGCCUGGUGCACAUUCGUCUGACAAAAUGGCCGCCAAAGGAUUGCAGUGCGGGGCGUUGUAUGCCUGCGGAGGGAACCGGGAGGAAGACCUUUCCCUGCAGCCUCAGGACGUCCUGCCGGACAGGGUGGCAGGCGCCCCGGGGGGGGAGGAGCAGCGCCCCCAGCUGGUGGGCUGGAUCCCGGGGGCCGCUGAGCGGGGGGGCCAGAGGGACCCUUUCCCCAGCAGCUGUGCCCAGUAUCAGGAGCCUGUGAUGAUGUCGCCGCCGUCCAAUCAGCCCCGGCCCCAAAGACCCCUCCCAUUGACACCCAGGCCAGCCCCGCCCCCAUUACAUACAGCUAUUUCCCACCUGGUGCUGACAGAGCAGUUCUCACCCCCAGAACCUGCCCCCCCUUUUCUGGUGAAGUUGGUAGAGGCGAUCGAGAAGCAAGGUCUGGACUCUGUGUCCCUGUACAGGACGUCCUGCCCCAGCACCACCGGGGGUCAGAGGCAGAACUCAGACUGCAAGCUGCCGGGGGUGGAGCCAGGAUCAUGUGAUGUCCAGCUUCUCUCGGAGGCUCUGAUUGGCUACCUGCGCGACCUGCCCUCCCCCGUCAUUCCCUACUCCGUCCACUCGGACCUGCAGGCCGCAGUGCAGCAGGCAGCAGGCGGGGGUGUGGAGGACGUCGCUGGGUGUCUGUCUGCAGGCGGGGGUGUGGAGGACGUCGCUGGGUGUCUGCGUGCAGGCGGGGGUGUGGAGGACGUCGCUGGCUGUCUGCGCAGGGUCCUGCAGUCCCCGGCUGUGCCCCUGCAGAACCUGCUCACCCUGCGCUACCUGCUCAGGCACCUGGGCCAGGUGUGCUGCCACUCAGAGAGGAACGGCCUGGACGCCCGGGCCCUGGGCCGAACCUUCGGCCCCCUGCUGUUCCACAGCCCCGCCCCCCGCGUGGGGGCGGAGCCUGAUUAUGGAAGCAUGGGGGCGGAGCCUGAUUCUGACAGCGUGGGGGCGGAGCCUGAUUCUGACAGCGUGGGGGCGGAGCCUGAUUAUGGAAGCAUGGGGGCGGAGCCUGAUUCUGACAGCGUGGGGGCGGAGCUCGUUACACAGGUGCUCGAGAAGAUGCUGGUGGAGAGGGUCUGGGAACUGGAGCUGAUCCCUCCAGCUCUUCCUCCUAAACCCCCCAAGAGCGAAGCCGCGACCCCCCCAGCCAUGGCCAACGGCAGCAGCGGUGGGCUGAGUGAAGCGGAGUGGUACUGGGGCGACAUCUCCAGGGAGGAAGUGAACGAAAAAUUGAGAGACGCCCCUGAUGGCACCUUUCUAGUCCGAGACGCUACCAGCAAACUGAAGGGAGAGUACACACUGACACUCAGGAAAGGGGGGAAUAAUAAACUGAUAAAGAUCUUCCACCGCGGGGGCAGUUAUGGUUUCUCUGAGCCGCUCACGUUCCUGUCGGUGGAGGAGCUGAUCAACCACUACCGGCACCAGUCCCUGGCGCAGCACAACGCCAAGCUGGACACACGGCUGCUCCACGCCGUGUCCCGGCACCAGCAGGACCAGUUGGUAAAGGAGGACAGUGUGGAGGAAGUGGGCGUGCAGCUGAAGGUUUAUAAUGCGCAGUACCAGGAGAAGAGCCGCGAGUAUGACGUGCUGUACGAGGAGUACACCCGCACCUCACAGGAGCUGCAGAUGAAGCGCACGGCCAUCGAGGCCUUCAACGAGACCAUCAAGAUCUUCCAGGAGCAGUGCGAGGCACAGGACCAGCACGGCCAGGAACUCAGCAGGGAGGAGAUACAGCGAAUGCAGAGUAACUGUGAGAAGCUGAAGUCGCGGGUGACGGAGAUCCACCACAGCAAGGAGCGGCUGGAGGAGGCUCUGGAGCAGCAGGCCGCUGAGAGCCGUUUGAUUGACAGCAGGAUAAACAGCCUGAAGCCCGACCUCAUCCAGCUCCGGAAGAUCCGAGAGCAGUACCUGGUUUGGCUCACGCAGAAGGGCACGAGACAGACACAGAUCGAUGAGUGGCUGGGCAUCAAGACCGAGGCUGAAGACCUGUACUCUGUGAUGGAGGAGGAUGAGGAGGAGGCCCUUCCUCACCGCGACGAGCUCACCUGGUACGUGGGGAGCGUUAGGCGCUCGCAGGCCGAGGACCUGCUGAGGGGCCGGAGGCACGGAACCUUCCUCGUCCGCGACAGCCAAUCACAGAAGGGCUCCUUCGCCUGCUCUGUGGUCGUGGAUGGAGAGGUGAAGCACUGUGUGAUCUAUAAGACGGUGACGGGCUACGGCUUUGCGGAGCCGUAUAACCAGUACGGCUCCCUGAUGGAGCUGGUGCUGCACUACCGCGGCGCGUCCCUGGUGCAGCACAACCGCACGCUGAAUGUAACCCUGUCCUGCCCUGUGUUCAGCCGGCGCGGCGGCGGCGACACACACAGCCCCUGAGAACUACACUACCCACGAGCCUUUGCGCUCCGAACCAAUAAGCACAUGCGUUCCAGAAGCUCUCUGGUGCUUCUUUAAAAAUAAUAAUAAUAAAUAAAAAGAACUCCUGUCAGGGACUAAAAGGACCCAGGAAACCAUUCAGAGAGGGGGGGGGGGGCAGGCAGACAGGCGGCCGCUGCUGAACGGGGGGGGGGCUGGGGGGGGGCUGGGGGGGGGGGUUGGUUGUUGCCAGGUCAGGUGUUUUGGGGAACCCUCUACAGUUUAGAAGGGGCCUUAGUCCGCAGCUUUGGGCCUUUGAACCUCUCAGAGAACAGGAGAGAGAGCGACGGACUGAACACUGCAGAUCCAUGCACUUAUUUAGAGCAUUUCAUGCCAAUGACGCUGCUGUGCGUCCGAUUUUAUUAAUUUGAACUUUUUGGCAUU